AUGUACGAUUCUGAGGUAAGAAGAUUUUCACUGAUACUAAAGUCAACUUUUUACCUUUACAUAUAACUCACAUGCUGUGUUAUUUUAAAGUACGAUUUGCCAAACUGACAGAAAACAGAGCUCAGCUAGCUUACCAGCAAGUAUACCAGCUGAGCUAGUAAGCAUUAGCUCUUUGUACCGACAUUAGAGUUUGCGACAGCAGCUUCCUGCAUACUGGCUUACAAAAGCAGACUGUGGCCAAUUAAAAGAAUACAAUGCUCUUUGGUGCUUUUUUCAGGAAGAUAGCCCUGACUGUGAGGAUGAAUAUACCCCAGGCACAGUGAGGCAAGUCGGAAUAGGCCCCAGAGGCAGGCCACCACAAGCCGGACAGCAUAGCCUUGGUUCACAUGGAAGAGGCAGAGAACAGGGGAGAGAUCAACAAAGAGAUCAGGGUCCCAGUGCUUUGGCACUGGAGGAUCUGACCUGUGUGGAGAGCAUCAAGCUCAUAGACUGGCAGAUGAUCAGGUAUGCUUGA